AUGAGAGAUGAAAUUGCAACGGCAGUUUUUUUUGUCACAAGAUUGGUGAAAAAGCAUGAGAAAUUGAGUGCACAACAGAUAGAAGCCUUUGCUAAGCUGAUGACCAUCUUGUUUGAAAAGUACAGAGGUCAUUGGCACCCUGACUGUCCUUCUAAGGGACAGGCUUUCAGGUGUAUCAGGAUAAACAACAAUGAGAAUAAAGACCCUAUAUUAGAAAGGGCUUGUUCUGAGAGUAAUGUGAAUUUUUUUCACCUGGGACUUCCAAAGGAGAUGACCAUAUGGGUCGAUCCCUUUGAGGUGUGCUGUAGGUACGGUGAGAAAAAGCAUCCCUUUACCAUUGCUUCUUUUAAAGGCAGAUGGGAGAACUGGGAGCUAGCUCAGCACAUCAGCUAUGCAGUUAGCAGGGCCACUGCUGAUUGCUCGUCUGGAACGUCUUCUGAUGAAGAAAGCUGCAGCAGGCAGCCCCGAGUCAUUCCCAAAGUCAACAAUCCCAACAGCAUCUAUCAGGUGGAAAACAUCAAACAGUCCUUCCAGCCGUGGUUGUGCCUCCCUCGUAGAAAGCAUUUGGCAGAUGGUCGUGGGGGCAUCUUGGGGGCUGCUUAUCACCCAGUGCCCAAGAACCCUAAAUGGUGCCGGCCUGCUGGGCGCCGGGUGGACAGGUACCACUGGAUCAACACACAAUUGUACAGUGGCCAGGCAGCACCAAGCAAGCUUGAAGGAGAGGCCUUGUCUUCCCUAAAGCAAAAAUGA